ACUACAGGACUCAGCUUCAAAGCAGGAAAAUUCCAUGUCUCCACAACUUUGAGUCUGUUUGCCUGUAAGAAUGUUUCUUUUGUGGAGCCUUUUAUCGGUGGACAAGAAAUUAAAAUCUUCAUUUCUAAAAGCCAUGCAACGAAAAGUUCUACUCGUGGAAAUGGCGCAGCAAUUUGGGUGGAAUCUGUGAAUAACAAAGAAUUUACUGUCUGUGUUUUGGAGUACGGAGAUGGCUCAAGCGGAACUUCGCAAGUGAACUGGAUGGCUCUGCAAUCUGUACCUACUGGCGCUCAGCUAGGAACAGCUUCGUUAAACUCCUGGUCUGGUGGAACAAAUUGUAAAAGGAUCGCUUUUGAAAAGGUUCGAUUUGCCCUGUAUUUCAUUCUUCUUAAUUUCAUUUCGCUUGUCUCCUAAGAAAAAAAACUCUCAGCCCUUUGCUUUACACUCGUUAUUUCAUAUGUCUAUUCAUUCCGUGAAGCGUGAAAGACUAUUUUUAAUUGCCGUGAAUCGUGAACGAAAUAACUCGUGAUCCGUGAACAAAAAUGAUCCCGUGAUUCGUGAAAUGAAUAGUUUAUUUCUCGAGAUUCGUGACCAUGGUCAAUAUAUAUAGCUAGUUUUUCGUGAGAUAUUCAACGUAAACUUUUAAUGUCAACAAAGAUGAACAAACAGCCACGCUCAUCCUAGACAUUAUAUCUAGACGUCACAUGAUCAAAUGACUCGCACGCAUAACUCCUUCAAAAGGUGCGAGAGAAAAUCUAAGAACGAACAGUGAGGGAAGCGUUUUCCAAGUUAUGUACGGCGCUGGUAACUGUAACGUAGCCAGCAGUUACAAGCGCCGUACAAACGACUUAUUGACGAGAUCAAGCAAAACUAACUACGAGAGAACCACUGGAGAACUGACGAUUUGACUAACAAUAGGCGAUUGUUUAACUGUGAUAAUAGACGGAUCGAAACGCACCAAUUACUGAUUACGAGUCUUCAUAGCCAAUAACAUCACGGCUUAACUCACAGACGACCAACAACAUUGCGACGUAACUGACCAAUCAGAUUAAUAACCAGAGUAUAAUACCAUCAACUGACGUGAUACAAGUCACUUUGACUUCGAAGAUGACUACCGCACAGGUUGUCGAAACGUCAGUCACUGUCAACAACAACAGUCCUAUUCAGGACUACGUUCACCCGGACGAUCAGACUCAACCUACUUUCGAUGUUAUGUGUAUUUACUUUGCAAAGAAAGUAACGCGCAUUAUUCUUACAAGUCGCUUAGCUUUAUGCUAUUUAUGACGUCUUAUCUUGGUACCAUGGCAACCUUCCAUCACCAAAUUUAAGCGUAAUGCGGCUAAGGAAUAAAAUGAGCAGUUACUGGAAAGGAAAGGUUUGGGCUCAAAAUCCGUUUUUGAACAUAUAGGCCAAAACCUGUGUGCCUUAACCACAGUCAAUCACAAUAGUUAAUCCUAAGUUCUAAAUCUUAUAUCUCUUUCUUGUUCUUCAGUCACGGCAUUUGUUUCGACAAAAAACAUCAAAUUAAGAACAAGGAGGAGAUUAGAAUGAAGAAAAAGAAAUUGAGGAGAAAAGAUGGGGCUUUAAUACGGUGGCCCACAACGGCAAUACACAAAUAUCUAUUAUAUUAUUGCAUUCUAUAUCUUAGUACACAAACAUAUUCAUUGGCUGCGCGGGUAUAUUUACCAGUACAAUAAAAUAUACACCAGUACAACAAUACUGUAUCCCAGUACAGAAAUGUUAAUUUCAGUACAAAAAUAUAAACUCCAGUACGGAAAGUUAUCCCCAAUUCUUAGUACACAAAUAACAGCUCCAGAAAGAAAAAUAUCAAUCUCCCAGUACAAAAACUUAAGUUCAAGAACAAACAUAUUCAUCGGUUGUGCGAAUAGAUUCUUCAGUACAGUAAAAUUCAUGUAUACAACAGUAAAACAAUAUUUAUCCCAGUACAAAAAUAUAAAUCUCAGUACAAAUAUAAAAGUUGCGGUACAAAGUUCCAAACAUUCGAAUGGUAACACUAUAAGCCUGCGCCCACAUAUUAUGUUAGUUAGAGAAUAAAGUUAUCUCCGUCGCCAUAAUGUGGUCACGAGUGAGGUGCAACUUCUUCCCCAGGACGAGGUUGAGUGAGCUGGUCACUGAUUUUCUUAAAUAGCUAUUUUAUCUAACACUCCACUGUAUCAUCCCUGGAUCAGCAACGGAGCUGCUUUCUAAGGCAGACAUAUUACCUUGCAUUAUCUUUGUUAGCUGAAAAUACAUAUAAUAUUUCUCUACUCUUUCACUUCUUUAGCUUUUCUUGGCUCUUCCAAAUAUCAUGGUUACAGCUCGUCACCAGAUUCUUGAAAGAGCUCAAGACGCUUUGGCCGUGUGGGUAGAAGACUUGCGCAAGGACAGCUUUAAACUUUGUGCCAGAGAAGCUAAGAUUUUUGAUGGCAUUCAUAAAAACAUCAAAGUGGUGAGUAGUAUUCCUGUUCCUUGAUUUCUUCGCUACUUCUUGUUUUGUGAUUAGUGGUGUCUUUAACGUAAUAGAACAAGUUUUGUAUUCUGUAAUGUUGGCAAUUUUGAGUUUAGUAAGAUAUCACAUAUGACGUCAAAGUGUGGUAAAAACAAAGACGUGGCACACCUGCCGCAGGCGAGUGUGUCACUCAGAUGUUUUUACCACAUUUUCCGUCUUUUGUGGUCUAUACAUGGAAUCUAUUUGUUUUAAACAACGACGAGAGAAGAAAACGACAUACUCAUACCUGCCUCGUACUGCUUAAAUGUUCUAGGAUUUGAGCUAGUCUAGGAAUUUUUUAAUAACGCUACUUUUCGUCUCGGCUUCUUCUUUACUUCUUUAUCUUACUUGUAUAUAGUUUUUCCAAAAAGUUUUUUUAACGCCUUUACUAGCUCAAAGCAGAAUAAUCGCGAAAACAUUUCGCAAAUCUGCCAGUCUCUCAUAACACUGACACACGGUGGCAAUUGUUGUGAAGAUUUCUUGUAGUUUAGGCAUUCUAAAGUUGUCAAGUUCUCUUUUUGUCUCCGAUUCUCCAUUUUCCUCCUUUGUAAAUAGUUCCUUCUAAAAUCUUUUGGAGGAUUACACCUGCUGAAUUCGAAAUAAUCUCACCAACAUUUGCAUAACCGCGUGCCAUGUUGAAGAAAACGGCAAAUAAAACAAGAUUCCGUUAACGUCAUCCUUGUGUCUGUACUCUAAUAGAUCAUGGGCAACGACCAAUCACGUCACACGAAGCAUUCACAUCAUUAUAUAACUUCACAUCUUUACCUCUUUCCUGCAGGAUUGGAUCGCUUUUAUCAAACUGAAGACUGACAAUUUCACCUUGACUAACAGUCUCGUGUUUACAAACAACAACUCACCAUCAAACAAACAAGACAACAACGCUGUCUGUCAGGUAUAUUGUCAUGUUUAAUGGUUUCCAGCAUUGACCACCCUUGCUUUCCUCUUUCCUCUGCUUGUUUUUGUCAUUCAAAUUAUGGAUUAACUUACAUCUUUGAAUAACUGUAUCCUUUCAAAAGAAAGUCUCAUUUUCCACUUGUAUAGUUGGUAGGAGGACUGAAUAAGAAAAUGGUUGUUAAUAUUUUAUACUUUUUCUUGGAAAGAAGCUAUUUAUUUCAAAUGAGAUUUAAGAUCAUUUGUUUUGUCCUGUUUUCAGAAAGUUAAGUUCCAGGAUGUCUUUUAUGCCCCUCCAGUUGUAGUGGUGUCUCCAAGACUUGGUUACAAUAACAACAAAUCACGUUUCUCAGGAUCCGAACCAUGCAACGCAGUUACUGCCUGGGUUGAGGUUAGAAAUAUAUAGUCCCCCUACUCUUCCUGUGGUUCUAAUGAGGAGUUUGUUUAAAAGUCAAUAAAUUAUUCCUUUGAUCGUUGCCAUUUUACUCAAGUUAAAAACUUAGAUGGGGUUAAUCAUACUAAUUUAACUAGUUUCUCAUUUUCAUAAAAAUAUGGCAAACAGCUUUCCUUACAAAACGUUUCUGCAGACUUGUCAGAUGAAAACAGACUUUUUCAUAGUUUUUUUACUUGGUUGGUUCUUUCAAAGGAAAGACUUAGAAGUUUUAGUCUCAUAGGUUUUUAACGAUUGUUAUAUGCGAACUGUUACUCUACUUGCACUAAACCUGAUCUUUUACCAUCAAUAAAUCGACUAGUCAGCUGAAUUUGAAAAAUGUAUUGUUCAGUAUUACUUUUAGUGCAACAAAAUGUUAUAUGAUGUUAUCUUAUGUUUUUCGCUGUUUUGGAAUAUGCUUAGCAAACAUCUAUAAACGAAACAGAAGUGUGUGUGUGAGAAGCUACAACAAUGAUGCCAACGAUAAGGAUAUCAUAAAGGUCGAUUACAUUGUAGUUGGAGGUACGUAAUAUAUUAUGUAACGUGAAAUGAGGAAACAGUAAUGACUUUUAACUGUAGACAAUUACGGUGCUCUAUAAUAGUGAUUAACUGUACAAUACUAAAAUGCAUAUGUUUUGAUCAAAUUUUAUCCUAAAUUAAAGUUCUUUUCCUUUGUUGCGAAUCAUUCAAAAACAAAAUAAAGUGAGAUUAAAAGCUAGGUUAAAAUUCAGCAAUAUACGACAUAUAUGGAACUGAGCGCUCAUGUGUUUUGGGCUGUGGUCACAUUAUACCGGAUAGCUUUUCAUGGCGCCACUCCUGAGAAGCUAUCCGGUAUAGUGAAUCCUACAUGUGUCCAACAUGAGACGCUACACUUUUAGUCCGGUGGCUUAGUGCAAAAUUUUAGCGAGAUCUAUACAGAGCGGACAAAAGCACCAAACUUUGCAUGGUUGAAGCUUAAGGCAUGUUAGUCAAUAUUAGGAUCGGUGCCCACAGCUACCUCUUAAGGAUUUGCAGCAACUGCUCGCUGAAGUUCUUCAACAACCUUCCAUGAUGGGUACCCUGUGCUGGCGCCACGAGAAGCUAUCCGCGUAUAGCGUGAACACCUACAUGUAUCCAACAUGUGUCUCUCCACUUUAGAGAUCUGCGAGGCACAGCCUCUCUUUGUCACAGAAAUCACGCCGCCACAACCGU